CUUACCCGCCUGCGGUCACACUAAUCCCACACGAUAAUAGAAACGCCUGAAAUUGUUUAAUUUUUUGUAAAUAAGCCUGGGAUAAGAAUUGCAGGAGGCCCGGUCGCCAUGAAUCAGUUCCACACGCCCUCCUUCGGCGACGUGUUCGAGCUGAACGACACGCCGUCGGAUAGUCCGAGCCCCAGCCAAGCAUCACGGAGAAUGCUUAGCCUGGAUCAAUCCAUGUUGAACGAUGACGAUGACGAGGAGGAUUGCGACACAUAUGGCAGCGGAGGAGGAGGCGUGGGAGCUGGAAUAGUUGGAGGGCAGAGCCUGGUGGCCCAGCCAGAACAGCAGCAGCAGCAACAACAGCAGCAGCAGCAGCAACAACAGCAGCAGCAGCUGCAACCACAGGCACCACCCAAACCGCUGGCGCCCUUUGCCCUGUUCUUCCGCGACACCGUGACGGCCAUCAAGCAGCAGAAUCCCGCCUGCUCGCUGGAGAAGAUGCAGGUGAUCGUGCAGACCAUGUGGGAGUCCCUGGACGAGACGCAGAAGACCGUCUACAGUCUGCGGCACGAACAGGAGAAGCGAGACUAUGUGCGGCUCAUGCGGGACUACCGCCAUCAGCUGUCGGAAUCGGAAGCGACGUCGGAGCUGGACACAGCGCCACCAGCAGUAGCCCCCGCACAGUCUGUCGCUGUGUCACCGUCCCUGGUCGCACCCAAGAUGGACGCUGCCGAGGAGCCAGCGCAGCCUGCGCCCGAGCAAAUACAGCUCCUCACCGAGGCGGCCACCGUGCAGAAGUGCACCCGGGAGCAGUGCAACAAGCCGGCCAUCAUCAAUCCGGACUGGGAAGACGAGUACUGCAGCAACGAGUGCGUGGUCAUCCACUGCCGGAACGUGUUCAACGACUGGGUGCUCACCAUGAAGUCCUAGCCUUUGUGUAGCCACGCCACCGCCCACCUAGGCUUAGUCUAGACCUUAGCCCUCAAUUACACGCCGGACCCCCGUAUGUCACCCAGGAAUAUACGACUGAGUAAGCAGUAAGCGAUACUGCAAUCCCAGUUUCGGUUGUAGCUAGCAGCUGCGUGGAGUCUGAAUGAAUGCGAUACACGCUUUGUAUGAUACUUUAAUUGUAGUGAUACAUCAUAAUACUAGCAAUAGAUGAGAAUACAAAAACUCACUUUAGGAAGUAUUCGGUACGAGACCAUAGAUCAUUUUAUUGUAAAACACCAUUUAGCAAUUGCAUUUAAUAAACUUAAAUUGUUUUUUGAAAA